GGCAGCUUGUGUGCAGCUGGCGGCGGCUGCCUUGUCCUGCGGAGCCGCUGAGGGCUGAGAAAGGGGGAGGGAGUGGAAGAGACUUUCCAGUAAGUGCCCAGCACUUUCCCUGCUCGCAGGCAACGUCUCGCGUUCCCCGGAGAUGAAGGUCUUGACUUGGUGCCGCCCUCCCCUGCCCCGCUGAGUGCCAGCCAGCGAGCGGGGGGCACAGGGCUGCCCCUAGCCCACGCGGUGGCUGGCGGCCUCGCCUCGGGUGGGAGGAUGUGGUGAGAGGAUGGGGCGUUCUGCCGCCGGCGGCUCACCAUGGCCAGGGAGGACUCGGUGAAGUGCCUGCGCUGCCUGCUCUACGCCCUCAAUCUGCUCUUCUGGUUGAUGUCCAUCUGUGUGUUGGGUGUUUCUGCUUGGAUGAGAGACUACCUGAAUAAUGUCCUCACUUUAACUGCAGAAACAAGAGUGGAGGAGGCUGUCAUUUUGACUUAUUUUCCUGUGGUCCAUCCAGUCAUGAUUGCAGUCUGCUGUUUCCUUAUCAUUGUGGGGAUGUUGGGGUACUGUGGAACAGUGAAAAGAAACCUCUUGCUUCUUGUAUGGUAUUUUGGAAGUUUGCUUGUGAUAUUCUGUGUUGAACUGGCCUGCGGGGUUUGGACCUAUGAGCAGGAAAUUACGGUCCCAGUACAAUGGUCAGAUAUGGUCACUUUAAAAGCCAGGAUGACCAACUAUGGCUUACCUAGAUACCAGUGGCUUACUCAUGCUUGGAAUUUCUUUCAGAGGGAGUUUAAGUGCUGUGGAGUGGUGUACUUCACUGAUUGGCUGGAAAUGACAGAGAUGGACUGGCCUCCUGACUCCUGUUGUGUUAGAGAGUUCCCGGGAUGCUCCAAGCAGGCACAUCACGAGGACCUUAGUGAUCUUUAUCAAGAGGGUUGUGGUAAAAAAAUGUACACUUUCUUGAGAGGAACGAAACAAUUGCAAGUGCUGCGAUUUCUAGGAAUCUCUAUCGGAGUUACACAGAUUCUGGCUAUGAUCCUCACUAUUACUUUGCUGUGGGCUCUAUAUUAUGACAGAAGGGAUCCUGGGACAGAUCAAAUGAUGUCCUUGAAGAAUGACACCUCACAACACCUGUCAUGUCAUUCAGUCGAGCUGCUGAAACCCAGCCUGACAAGGAUCUUUGAACAUACCUCUAUGGCAAACAGCUUUAACACACACUUUGAAAUGGAGGAAUUGUAGGAGAUACCAAUGAAUGUGUGAAGUCACAAAGUUAUGGGGCUUUUGUUUUGUUUUUGUUUUUCCCCUGUUCUGUCUCCUGCAUUUUUAAGUAUACCUUUCUGUUUCAGAAAAUGGCUAAUGAACAGAAAUGGAGAUAGCUCCAUGGAAGGACAGUUGAUCAAAGAUCUGUCUCUCAGCUUCUUCGAGCUAUGAAACCAUUGUUUUGCAUAUAAAGCACCAUUUACUGGAUGCAGCAAUAUUUAGCUCGUCCACAAGAUGUACAGCAUAAUAAGACACUGAUAUCUACACAAGUAGAUAGACACUACUAAUGACACUUUAAAAAAAAAAGAAAGCAUCAUAGAAAGUAGAAAGAUAACGGUCUUCCAUAGAAAUGUCUAUAUUUGAGAGGCAAACAAAAUGGACUUUUGAACACGUCUACUAAACCAUUGGGAAAAUGUUCAGGGAUAUAUGUGAAUAUAAAUAUAUGGGGUUUUUUUGUGUGUGUGUAUAUAUAGUAGAGCUACAAUUCAAGUAAAUGGGUUUAAAAAUGGCAACAUCUGUAAAAAGAGUAAAAUUUUCUUUUCUUUUUUCUUUAACAGCACCUUUAUUUUAGCUGUUUCAUUUAAAGAUCAUCUAAAAACCUCUAUUUUUAUCCUAAGAUGAUUGUUUAAUUUUUAAAUUAAAAUACGUUAAACAGAGGUUUUAAAAACCAUGAAUAUGAUCAGUAUACUUUAUUAUUCUAAAUGUGACCUAAUUUGUAGACAAUGUUUUUCAAAACAGUAUGUUCUUUGGACUGGAUAAAUUUAGUAAAAAUAAAACAUAUUUUCUUUCCAAACUAGGGAUCAGUAUGAGAGUAGCAAAUCUUUAUAGAUGGACCCCUCUUUCUCCUCCUCCUCCUUUCUGCCCUCCAGAUAAAAAUGAAAGACUAUAAGGAAAUCAAUGAUCUACUGGUUUAUUGUUCUGGAUGCAAUUGCAAUAAAUGUAAUGUAAGAGUAAAGAAGGAGAAAUUUCAUUCUAGCCUUUUCUUCAUUGAAAGUUCGCUGUUGACUCAAAUUGCCAAAUGGCAACAGAGUUAAAAUCUAUUUAUUGAGGUGGGAAAAGUGCAUUUUACUGUAUUUUUAUGUAAAUGUUUAUUUCAAAGGAUUAUUUUUUACAGUCAGACAAGUUCUUGAAAAAUGUGUUUAUUCCAAUAACAGUGCUUUGUGACAAAUGGGGUUUUUACACAGUAUUGAAAUUUUAAAGUUUUUUCCACUUGUUUUGGAACUGUGUAGGAAAAAAAAAAAAAAGAGGUGCUCUAUGGCAGCCAAUAAAAUCACUACUGCCCAGAAUUUUGUGAUGGCUUCUUUCUUUUUAAAGUUAAAGAGAGUGGGUGCUUUUUUCCUAGUAAUUUAACUUUAAAAAGCUCUAUGUUCAAUGUCCUUACUGCUGUCAGUUUGUCACUACUGUGUGUUUAAUAUUAAACACACAAAUGUUAAACGUAGAUAUUAGCUGUGAAUUUCAUUGUUUUUUGACCUUUUCAUAAAAGUUUCAACUGAAUGGGAAGCUAGGGAGCCAGUUCAGAGUUUAACCUUUUGUCACUGAUCUGUGUGUGUGCUUAAUUCCUCUGCAGGCAUCACUCUCUGUGGUGAAGCUCCUGCUAUGGGCUGUCCCUAGCCAAAUUACAUUGUAGCUUUUGGACUCCACCUUCUGAGUGAUCAUGUUUAUAUCGGGAGAUAGUGCUGGAGGGAAAUAAGUAGAUUUUGGAACGUCAGUGUGAUGCAAGGAAGUUAUUGAGCCCACUCCCCCUAGUCCCACCACAUCAGUCAAGGUUUCUUCGGCAGCACUUCGCCAUUACUAAGGGCCAUGGAUUACUGAGAUCAAAGGGGGAUGACUAAGGGGGAUGACUGAGAUCAAAGUUGUCCAAGAAAUGAUGCUCUCUUAAGAGCAGUUUUCCCUUUUCCUCAGUUUUGUAUUCUCUAUUGCAUUUCCUGUAACGGUUUUUUUUUAAUUUAGAACCUGAUCCUGCAAACACUUUCUACCAGGCUUAGUCCCACUGAAGUUAAUGCUUCUCUCCUUCCCAGGUGUGUUAUGAGGAUUUAUUUAUUAAUGUCUGAGGCACUCAGAUGGACACCUUAGGGAAGUCUAUAAGUAGAAUAAAUACAUGCUUUUGAAUAGGUGGGAAAUCCACAUAAAGAACACUCUUUAGUUCAGAGUGUCUCUCUAACUCUCCUAGUGAUCUCAUAUACAUGUUGAACAGAGGCUGGUGUAAGAAAGGCUCCCAACGGCACCCCACACAAGUGGAUCUGCAGGGCUGAAGAACUACUGCCAGAAAAUUCCCUCUGGGUUGUUUCUGACAGAAAAGAAUGAAGCCAUCAAAACGUGGUGCCUUAUAUUCUUGAUAUGGCUCUUGCGUGAUUGUAUCUAAAGGUACCUCUACAUUGCCACAGCUGGCCCAGGCCAGCUGAUUUGGGUUCCCACGGCUCAGGCUGCUGUGCUAAAAAUUGCAAUGUAGACAUUUGAGCUCAGGCUGGAGGCUGGGGUCUGAAAUGCCAUUAUGGGGUUGGGUCUGAGAGUCUGGGCUCCAGCUCCAGCCCGAACAUCUAUAUUGCUUUUUUUUUUAACCCUGCAGCUUGAGCCUUGUGAGCCCAAGUCAAUUGACCAAAGCUCUGAGGCUUGGUGCUGUGGGUUUUUUAUUGCAGUGUACAUGUACCCUAAGGCAGCUGGUAGAGCUAAUAUUGGCAUGGACACCUCAUCUUAAUUCAUUGUGGGUAGAUCAUUGCCAAUAGAAUGAGAGUGGUCUCUGUGCCAUAACCAGAUUUGACCCUGAUCAGUAAGGAUUCUGUUUGUCAGUUGGCUGUGUCAGUUUGUCUGUUGUUCUGUUUGUCGGCUUUGGCAUCUGUAGAAAAAGUCAUAUGUGAAGUCUGUAUCAUAAUGCAAACACAUACAUGGGUCAGAUUAAGGUUGAUCAGGCACCCAUAAUUCUGGGCAGUUCCUAACUUCUGACUUCUUGAUUGUGCAGCCUUAAUAAUGUUCUUUUAACACAGUAUUUGUGUGUAAUAAAUACAUAUGGUGGAGGAGAGGCCUGAUUUCAGGGGAAAGGUUCAGAGGAGUUUGCUGGGUGAUAGCUGCUCUCUCCUCUUUUUCAGUGAGGGUCACAGUCUUGGGAGUCCUUUCGGAUCACCAGCUUCUACAUCCCGAAGCAGCAACAGCGAUAUCUUUCUUCUCAGGUGUGCACUUUACUAUAAUUAUCCAUGCGCAUAUAGUCUGCAAAUUGUGCAGUGGCAGGUGGGCUACCCCCAGGAGCUCCUCAGAAGCAUCAGUUAGUGCAUAUCAUGGACAUCUGCUACAGGAUCUUUCCGUGUGUAGGACAUUACACCUGUGCUUUAUAGACUUCACUGAUUCCUUAUCCUAAUUACAGGGGGAGGGUGUUGAUCUAUAUCAAAACCCUACAUCAAUUAAAUCCAUGCUAAAGGAGGGACCACCUCUCUCCCUGUAUACCAUUGCCAAUGGAGAUGAGUAUUCAGUCCCUAUAUUGGGAUUUGCUGAUAUUUGAAAGUGGCUGUGAUGGAAGCUCCCCAGUGGUGGGAGUAGAAGUGAUUGAGGGAAAUGGGGAGGGGCAUCUGGCCAUCUAUGCCCUCCCCGGCCUGCUCCCUUAUCAGAGCAUCAGGGAACUCACUCAGAGAUACCGGGCCCUUCCCAUGGCAUUACACAGUCAUGCAGCCACUACUGGCCGCAGCAUCAGGCUUCCAAGAAUGAAGCUUUAACAUCGCAGCCCUCCUGGAAACCAAACAGCGGCGAGGAGGUGCACGCACUUCAGUGAAUCCUGAUGUCUGAGCCAGCAUUUUGACUUUUCUACCUUCAGUUUUUGGACUCUUGGCAAAUAUUGACGGGUAAUAUUCUUCAUGCCACACUCAGCCAACCCUUCCUUCUUCGGCGUGCCAACCCCUCGUCUUUCCUGCAUUCUAUUGUCCACGUCUCCCCAGUGCAGCCCUACUCCCCAAAGUUCCACAGCCCCUACCUAUGCAAGCCACACACACAAACACCUCUGUGGGAAGUCAGUGGGACUACUCACAUGUGACAGUAAGUCGUGCAUAAAUGUCUGAAAGAUGCAGUGAUGACCUUAAGUUGUGGAGAUGCUUCAAGUGGGACACUGAAGAAACCACAUGGGUAAACUUACACGGGGCAGGAUCAGGCCCUGUAUUUGUACAGCAUGUAGCAUAAUGGGAACCUAAUCUCAGUGGUAGUAUCUGGGUUCUACUGGAACAUAAAUAGUGAUAAAGGCAGGGUAUUUUCAUGAGACUGCCCUUGACACUGGAAUUUACUUUCCCCAGGGUUCUGCCAAAACUUUAGUUUCUUGGCCAUAUGUAUUGGCCAAGGUUUAUGUAGUUUAGUCUUUUUGCUGGAGGGAGAAUACUUAUAAACUCUGCCUGCAGUAAACAUAGCUAACUCAUUUUGUAAAGUGCCACAUACAUUUUAGGUAAUAAGCAGUAACAACAACAGAGGCCUUUUGUCACUAUACA